GUAUGUUUAUAUGUCAUUUCAGAUCUUUGCCAACCUUGUUUUGACCCCCUAGUACACCCCAUCCCCUGCUUUAAGGGGUAAACAAAUACUAGGCUACGCCCUCUAGUAGGACCCUUUUGUAUUAUAGCAGCUGCUGGUGAAACUAUGCGUAUAAUCAGUCUUUCAGAGAUGUAAAUCCGCCCUGCCGGACAGCAAAGAGUUAAGGCGAAAGAGGAAAUCCUAUCUGGUUGGCCAUACGGAGAAAUGCGAUUAUACUGCCUCAGUUUAACGCGGGCGAGCGGACGGAUUGCGCACAAUAAGAUCCGGCUCAUAGAGAAAGCUUCAACGCGGUUAGCAUCACAGACGAGUCUGCUGGUAUCAAAACGAAACGAGCGCUACAGAAAAACCACUAUUAUUGCUGGGGCAGACCUGAGGUUUUGAGCAGGAUGGACAGAGCCCACACUGGGCCGGGAGCGCUCUCUCAGGACGGACUGCAGUUGGGCGUCCAGCAGGUGAAUGGUCAGGUGCGAGUUUACGUGUGACGGACCGCAUUAACUUGAUUAACGUUAGCCUGACUGUUUUUGAGAAGUGUUUCGAUCAGAAUUCAUAAAGGCAAAAUCAGUGCGUCACCGAACCAUGAAGCAGCACCAUCACCAGCUGUUCAGGUGUUUCUGGCGGACUCUCGUCACCAUUCUUCUGUUUGAAGGCACACCUUUGAUGAUGUUCAGGGGGUCUCUCACUCUGACCCUACACAGAAAUGACAGCAGCUUCACACCGCAGCCGGACGCGCGCAUAACUCAUUCCUCACACAACGUCACAAACCAUAGAAGAGAACAGAAGCCUCUGGCAAUGACAAGGCCGUUUGCUUUUGUUGAUGGAGUUAGGAGAAGCCUGAGCGAUGUUUUACAGAAGGGUCACCCUGACAGAUUGCAGUGUGGUUUACAAGUGGGAAGCAGCUUGUAUAUCCUCGACCUGGAGAAAAACCAAGAUCUUUUGCCAAAACCACCUAAUGUGUUUUACUACCUGCCAAAUGGAACUGGGGUGUCCAUGAAAGAGAACACAGUGACACAUUGUUACUAUCAUGGUUCAGUGCAAGGUUUCCCUGAGUCACGCGUGGCUCUCAGCUCCUGCUCUGGGUUACGGGGAGUGAUAGUCAUUAACGCCACACUGAGCUUUGAACUGCUUCCUGAAGGAGAAGAAGAGCGAGGAAAAGAUGAUGAAGGGAGUGGAGAAAUGGAAGAAGGAGAGAUGCAUGCAAUUUACUCUACACACUCGCCAACAUCUGAGUCUAGAGACUGUGGGGUGUCACACACUUCUAUACCUCCCAUUCAGAUCAUCCCACACACACACAGGAGUAAGAGAGACAUUCUCUCUGAGAUCAAAUAUAUUGAGCUGGUUCUGGUGGCAGAUCAUAAAGAGUAUUUGAAUUAUCAAAAGAAUAACAAAACUAUAAUUUACCGCAUGUUGGAUGUCGCAAACCAAGUAGACUGGUUCUACCGGCCGCUGAAUGUACGUGUGGCUCUGCUGGGUUUGGAGAUCUGGAGUGACCAGGACAAGAUUAAAGUGGAUAAAAGUCCCACUGAAACUCUAAACCGCUUCCUGGAUUGGAGGACCAGGGAGUUACUGCCACGACUACGACAUGACAAUGCGCAGCUCAUCAUGGGUGAGUCAUUUGAUGGAACUACGGUUGGCAUGGCGUCUCAAUCCUCCAUGUGCUCGAAGGAUCGGUCAGGAGGAGUAAAUGUGGAUCACCUGGUGAGUGUAUUGGGUGUGGCGUCGACAGUGGCACAUGAAUUGGGUCACAACCUGGGAAUGAGUCAUGAUACUGCUGACAGGCGCUGUCAUUGCCAAAACGAGCCUCGCCUUGGGGGCUGCAUCAUGGAGCCGUCCACCGGGUUUAUGCCAGGUCAGCUGUUCAGCAGCUGUAGUGAACGCGACCUGUCUCUUAGUCUGCUGCACGGGGGCGGCAUGUGUCUGUUUAAUGUGCCUCAGCCGGAGAGUCUUCUUGGGGGACCACGCUGUGGGAACCUGUACGUGGAGAAAGGAGAGGAGUGUGACUGCGGCCUGCUGGAUGAAUGUAAUGAUCCCUGCUGCAAUGCCAGCACAUGUAAACUGGUUCCAGGGGCCCAGUGUUCUUCAGAUGGCAUCUGCUGUGAAAACUGCAAGCUGCGUGUGGCCGGUUCAGUGUGUCGGGAGCCACUGGGAGAGUGUGAUUUGCCUGAACACUGCACUGGUUCUUCUCCAUACUGUCCUCCCAAUGUCUUUCUACAGAAUGGAGAACCAUGCAAAGGUGGUUCCUCCUACUGCUACAGCGGUGUGUGUGCCAGUCUGGAUGACCAGUGCCAGAUGCUCUGGGGACAGAACUCCACCCGAGCUCCCCCCAUCUGCUUCUCUUCUGUGAACAAGCAGGGCAAUAAGUAUGGGAACUGUGGUCAGAUGCCCAAUGGUUCCUACAUCCCCUGUUUGAAAUGGGAUGUGCACUGUGGUAGGAUCCAGUGUCAGGGUGGAGGUGAACGUCCUCUCCUGGGCUCUAAUGCUGAGAUUCUGACCACAACGGUCAUACUCAACCAGAGUGACUUUACCUGUCGCGGGACCUACUUUAAUCUGGGCGAUGAUGUUUCUGACCCAGCCAUGGUGUUACAGGGGACAGCCUGUGGGCCCAACAAGGCAUGUGUGGACCAGAAAUGCCGGGACGUGUCCAUGUUUGGUGUUGACGAAUGCCGCAGCAAGUGCCAUGGCCACGGGGUGUGUAACAGUAAUAAGAACUGUCACUGUGAUGAGGGCUGGGCUCCUCCUGACUGCAGAUACUCUGGAAAUGGAGGAAGUGUGGACAGCGGACCUGCACAAGAACCCAGAGAUUCAGAUCCUGCGCGGGUGGCUCUUUUGGUCAUUUUCCUGUUUGUGCUGCCGGUGUCUCUGCUGUUUGUGGCUCUCCGUUUUCCUCGCUGUCGACGAGGCCUUGUGUACCUUGGGCACACACCAUUCAACAAGACCCGACAGAGCCGUGGAAUCACAGUGUCCUACAUUGAAUACUGUAUGAAGGAGGAAAACCCGAGGACUCCUGCAAUGGAGCUUGCGAACGCUCGAAAUGGUGAUCAGGCGCAGCCGCUCAGGUACCAGUGGCCUCACCAGAGUGACAUCCCCCUCACCCAGGCAAUCAGCAAGGUCCAGAACAGGCCUGCUGCUCCAACUAAACCUCUUCCGCCCGAUCCACCUGUCUCUAAACCUGCUCAGUUGGCGGCGCAUUGGCCCGCCCCUCCUACCAAGCCCCUUCCACCUGACCCCGCCCCCUCAGAGAGCAAGAUGCAGUGCAAGCCUACAGGAGCUCGACCAGCAGCACCAAGCAAACCUCUACCACCUGACCCUGUUCUCUCCAGCAGACAGAACCCUGUUCCCCCUAAACCUCCUGUUCCCAAGAAACCCCUGCCUGUGGAUCCUUCAUGUCACCCUCCUGUCCCUCCGCUGAUGGGACAUCCAGUAUCUGCUGCUGCAUCUUCUUCUUCAUACUCCUCAAGAAAUUCUGCGUCAGCCGCUGCUCCCGCCAGGCCUGCUCCUCAUCCGCCUUUACGGAGACAGCAGUACCAUGGGAAACCCCACUCUUCUCACCCCGUAUAGUCAGGAAGGAAACACCGGCCCUACUGCAAAUUUCUGCACUAUGGUUUGUUUUCAGUAUUUUGUCUUGUUUUCCAGUAAAAAAAAAAACAUCUGAGUUUCUUGAAAGCAAGGUAACUUUGAUAAUACGUUUUAGGUUUGUUUUAAAUAUAGAUUCUGAUUUGUUUAUUAAUGAAUAAAUUAAUUAGUUAAUAUAUGAAUAUAGUUUAAUAUAUUCUUUAUAAAUGUUGUAUAUUUAUUUUAUAGACUUCAAAUAUUCUUUCCUUUUCAAAAAGAACAAGUCUACAACAAAAGUCAAACCAAACUAAGAGAUUAAUAGUCACACAAGUCCUCAAGUAAAUAAAAUAGCCAGAGCUCUGUUCUCUGUAAAAAAAUGCUGGGAUCUUCAUGAUCGGUUUGUUUUGAGACAACAUGGAGGAAUUUAGUUUACUUAUUAGUUAGGCCAAACAAAAUCGGCUGACAUUUUUUGCUAUUUCUGCACAGAAUAUUGAAAAAAUCUGCAGAUUUUUGUGGAAUCGCAUAAAAACUUAAUAUGUUAAAUUAAAAAAAAACAAUACAUGUUAAUCAAAUUAGAUCUCAAUUAGAUCCAUUUAUUUGGUAAACAAAGCAAGUCUCUUAUAAAAUGUCUUCUAAAAGACGGAAAAUAUUACUUUACAAACUUUAUUGUAAAUGAAUCUUAUGAACAUUUUCUUAUUAAUUAAUAAUAUUAAUAAAAUUCAUAAAAAAAAUGAAUAAAUAUAAAUGUACACACAAGUAAAUAAAUAGACUCUAUGGAGGGAUUUCUGUGCGCGAAUUCCGUGUGGGCCUACUUAUUAGUAAAGUUAGUAGUAGCUAGUGGAUUGAACAUAAUACAAAUACGUUAUCCCCCAAACAAGUCAAGAAGUGUGUUGUUGCUGCUCAUUUUAAGUAAGUAGUUUGAAAAAAAUGCAAACAUAAUUUUUUGAGUGUUGUAAGGAUGACAAAAAGUCAUUUGUAUGUGUACAAAAGGUACAUUUUUGGCUGGUUUUCAUCAGCUCUCUAAUGCUGUUCAUUAAAGUAAAAAUUUCUAAGAUGGCCAGUUCAAUUAGGGCCGUACUCACACUAGGUACAGUUGCCUCGAACCGGGCCAAAGCACGCUUGUCCCCCCUCCCGUCUCCCCUGACGGCCCGC